AAGGAAUACCUCGGUCUUACUCAGAAGCGUUUAAUUAAGCCAGUCGCUCUCUGAAAGGGGCCUAUCCCAUCGUGCUGCCCCUUAUAACUAUCUCAAACGUAACUAUUAAUGAACUACCCUGAAACUAAUAAUGAUUGACCAGUGGCCAACGUAAUUUAUCAUAACAAGGCCUGGGUGCGGUUUACGCGUCGUCCAGCCGCGCCUUUUCCUGUCACAGUGGAACUGCUGUGCGUAAGGACGGCGGGUCAGCUGACAACUAUCAGAGGACCAAGAGGAAGGAGCGGAAUUAGCGGGUGUGUGAACUGGGAACCCACUGGAUCCUCACAUAGGCUAGAUUCAAGGCAAACGGGGAGGAAAAAACUGGUGGCGUUCGUGAGAGGACUAGGGCAGGGUUUGCUUUCACCAUGGCUGGUUGGGACUGAGAAGCAGCCACGAUGAUUGGAGGAUUGUUCAUCUACAACCACAAAGGGGAGGUCCUCAUCUCCCGGGUCUACCGAGAUGACAUUGGGCGUAAUGCGGUGGAUGCGUUCCGGGUGAACGUGAUUCACGCCCGGCAGCAGGUUCGAUCCCCGGUGACCAACAUCGCCCGCACCAGCUUCUUUCAUGUGAAACGCUCCAACAUCUGGUUGGCAGCCGUCACCAAACAGAAUGUCAACGCCGCCAUGGUGUUUGAGUUUCUGUACAAGAUGUGUGACGUAAUGACAGCCUACUUUGGCAAGAUCAGCGAGGAGAACAUCAAGAACAACUUUGUGCUCAUCUACGAGCUGCUGGAUGAGAUCCUGGACUUUGGAUACCCCCAGAACUCAGAGACCGGAGCUCUGAAGACCUUCAUCACUCAGCAGGGCAUUAAGGGACAGCACCAGACAAAAGAGGAGCAGUCUCAGAUCACCAGCCAGGUGACGGGGCAGAUCGGCUGGCGUCGCGAGGGCAUCAAAUAUCGCCGCAAUGAGCUUUUCCUGGACGUACUGGAGAGCGUCAAUCUGCUCAUGUCACCUCAAGGCCAGGUCCUGAGCGCCCACGUGUCGGGGCGAGUCGUGAUGAAGAGCUACCUGAGUGGAAUGCCCGAGUGCAAAUUCGGCAUGAACGACAAGAUUGUCAUCGACAAGCAGGGCAAGGGAGGAGCGUCCGAUGAUGCAGGGAAGAGUGAUUUAGGGGGAGGAAGUGGGAAGCAGUCCAUAGCCAUCGAUGACUGCACUUUCCAUCAGUGUGUGCGCCUCAGCAAGUUUGACUCAGAGCGUAGCAUCAGCUUCAUUCCCCCAGACGGAGAGUAUGAGCUCAUGAGGUAUCGCACCACUAAAGACAUCAUCUUGCCGUUCCGAGUUAUUCCUCUUGUCAGGGAGGUUGGCCGCACUAAACUGGAGGUUAAGGUGGUCAUCAAGUCCAACUUUAAACCCUCGCUGCUGGCCCAAAAGAUCGAGGUGCGUAUCCCAACGCCACUCAACACCAGCGGCGUGCAGGUGAUUUGUAUGAAGGGAAAAGCCAAGUACAAGGCCAGUGAGAACGCCAUUGUCUGGAAGAUCAAACGCAUGGCUGGGAUGAAGGAGUCUCAGAUCAGCGCUGAGAUCGAGCUACUGCCGACCAACGAUAAGAAGAAAUGGGCCAGGCCUCCCAUCUCCAUGAACUUUGAGGUUCCUUUUGCUCCCUCCGGUCUCAAGGUGCGCUACUUGAAGGUGUUUGAGUCCAAGCUCAACUACAGUGACCACGAUGUCAUCAAAUGGGUGCGGUACAUUGGCCGCUCUGGCAUCUACGAAACUCGCUGCUAAAGUUCAAAGCGGUCGGGCAGCGAACAGACCACUCCCCCCGCCCCCCCAUCUAUCUUGUUAAGAUUUUUUUCUUCUUUCCCUUCCUACUUUGUGUCUUUCCUCCCCUCAAUCCUUAUAGCUUCUCUCAUACACACCCUACCCGCUUACCCUUUCCUAACUAGGUGUUGGAGAUUGAAUUUACAUUGUGGAAAAACAAAAGUAAAUAUGAUAUAAUGCACAGAUAUAUGCAAAAUGUGAACCAUUGUAUCGUAUAUAUCUUGUAGUGAUGAGUAAAUCUGUAAACCAACUGGUGUCUGUAAGAAAAAGACAGUGAUGCAGGUGGAAACCGGGGGAGAGAACGGGAGGCACAUUUGGUGUCUUUUUAAAUGGCGCCCUGUUGUGUUUAUUGUAUUAUUGUUCCACUUUCUUCUUUCCAGUUACUUUAGAAGCCCCACAAGUUCCUCGAAUUUAUCACUGUUAAGAUGGUUUGUAGCUGUUGUGCUUUAAAGUAGAUCCUAGUGUAGUUCCUGUGUAUGAACCUCUGUCUCAGUAGAGCCUGCCAUUCAAAUUGACAUGUCUGGUUAUGUAUUGUGUACUUGAUAAAUACAUGAUCUGUAUUUUUUGGGAAUGGUCAUUUGGAUCAUAAGCCUUGUAUCAAUGCCCCUUACAGGCAGUUAGGAAAGAGAAGGAAGUGAGCUGUUUCUGUACAAUCUGAGAGUGAAUUGUUUCUUUCCCUUGUUUUCCCCCCACACUGUUAGUUUUACCAGCAUUCAGUGAGUAGUAUCAAAGAUAAAACAUAGGUGAAACAUUCCCGACAGUUUUGACGUUUGACCAUCCCGAAAAGAUGGUGCGUGACUCAAAUUUCCUGUUUAUUAAGCACUAAGAUCAACUUUGUCACGCUGGUUGGAUUCAAAGAUGCUCUGGGGAAAUCUGGCACUGCUUGGGAGUGUGUUUGCAGUGUGGUGAGGUCUCCCCCUGGUGUUUGCCUCAUCACUGUCUGUUUCUUCAUGUUUGUAGCCCUGGUGACCGUUCUGUCCAAUAAAAUCUGACUAUGUAACCAA